UGGAACCAAAUUGUCAACAAUAUUUUUUUCUAGUUUGAUUCUUUUACUUUAAAUAGAGUUAGCAUCGACUUGAGACUGAGUUUUGGAUGAAAAUGAAUCAUGUCUGAGGAAGAUAUUGAAGAAUUACAAAAGUUUCAUGAUGCAGUCAGGGAAAUAAUUAUUUCCCUCCUGUUGUUCAUCCUCCUCUACGUGAGUUCAUACAGCACUAUCUCCUGGUUCAAGAAAAGGACAGACUCUGAAGAGUAUGUCACCGGUGAUGACGAUGCAUUUGUGUUCCGAAUAGCCCUAUGGCUGUGUACAUUUACCCUGGCAGUAUCAGCUGGAGCGGUGUUGUUACUGCCAAUUUCCAUAAUUAGCAAUGAAGUACUGCUGCUUCAUCCACACAGCUACUAUGUGAAGUGGUUAAACAGCUCUCUUAUACAUGGUUUGUGGAACUAUGUAUUCCUGUUCUCCAAUCUUGCCCUGUUUAUCCUGAUGCCAUUUGCCUACUUCUUUACUGAAUCAGAGGGAUUCUCCGGUUCCAGAAAUGGAAUCAUGGCUAGAAUCAAAGAAACUACUGUAAUGUUAGCUUUAUUGGGUGUAUCAGUGUUUGGUGUAUCCUGGGUGUUGAUAGCUCUGUUUGACAGUGAUACACAUAGUCACGAUACUCUCUCAGAUAUAUGGAAUAUCUACCUGCCAUAUCUGUAUUCAUGCAUAUCAUUCCUCGGAGUACUGUUACUACUGUUAUGUACUCCAGUAGGCUUUGCCUGUAUGUUUACAUCCAUGACAAAAUUAGUGCUCAAACCACAGUUUUUACGUGAUAUAAAUGAGGAAUUAACUACAGCAAGGUUUAGGGAGGGGUCAUUUAGACGGAAAAUACAAGAUCAAAAACAGUGUAAACAUGAAAGUAGAGUUGCAGGUAGAAUAGCAAAUGGACAUUCCAACCAUAAAGAUAAAGAGGCAGAACAUUUACAAGAAAAGCUGGAAGAAGCUUUGAGAGAUAUACAAGAAUUAGAAAAGAGAAAACAAGUAUCGUGUAUAAGGACAUUGAUGUACCCUAUCCUGAUGCUCUUCUCAAUAGCUCUCACUGUUCUUGGUGUGUUGAUGGUGGCUCAGAAUAUGUUCCAGUUAUUGGUUGGGAUCAAAGCUCUGCCAGUUGGUGCUAAGGAGAUGGUUCUGGGUAUAACAUCACUGUCCGCACUAGGGUGGCCUGGCAGUAUUCUUGAAACAAUACUCAUUUUAUAUUUGAUGUCUGCUUCCGUUGUUGGUUUCUACAACCUGCCAUUCUUCCGUCGUAUUCAGCCAAAAUAUCAUGAUACGUCCAUGUUACAUAUUAUAUUCAACUGUAGUGUGCUGCUCAUUUUGAGCUCAGCUCUGCCUGUCUUGUCCAGAACUUUAGGAAUUACCAACUUUGACCUUGUUGGAGACUUUGGAACAAUGGACUGGUUGGGAAACUUUUAUAUUAUUUUUACAUACAAUGCCAUAUUUGCCGUGGCAACAGUGUUGUGUUUAGUGAACAAAUUUACAGCAAAUGUUCGUAGAGGGAUCUGGGUGAAAUUUAAAGCAGCUUUUUCUACGUUAUUCAGACAACAGCGGACAAGAUCUCUCUCAAAUGCCAAUGGGUAUUAGAAAAAAAGAGGAGUGUUACUUGUGAAAGUUAGUAAGUUAAGACAGAAGAAAAAUAGUAAUGUUUUGAAAGCGAACUAAAUAGAACCAAAGAGAUUGAUAAUACCUUUACUUACUAUACGUAUUUCAGACAACAUAAUUUUACCGAAUGUAGGCGGUUUAUUUACUAUACAUGUUUCAAACUGGUUUGUAAGUCAGUUGUUUCUUACAGGAGUAGAUUGUCAUGUUUAUUGCCAUACUGUAGUACCAAACACAUUACAGCUAGUUUCUGAUUUAUUACAUAGAAAACAAAUAGAUAGGCAUAAGUGGAUUUGUUUAAUACUGGCCUGUUUGAGGAAUGUGUUUAAGAAAUUAUGUUUAAAUUUUUGUUCAAACACAUCAUAGAUAUGGCCUAAGAAUCUUAUUAUAGAAAAAUAACACCAAAGAUUUAGAAAUAUUUUAGUAGAUUCAUAAUUACAAACGGUUAAGUAGUUUAGUAUUGAUCCAUGUGAAAAAAAAUUAUAUGUAGGAAACAUGCUAACCAUUUGGCUGCAUAAUACUGCUGCAGUUUAUUCACAUGUAUAAUGCACAAUUUUUCAUAUCGCAUGGACCAUUCUUAAACUGGGAGUGUGUUUGUGUUCAGUGGUCAGCCAUUUUGGUCGCUCAGCUGACCACUCUUUCUAAAUUUAUUCUGUAGCUGCUGUAUACAAGUAUACAAGAAAAGUUUUUGGGUCACAGAAAUCCAGUGUCCAAAUCAUUUUAGUGUAUACUGUAUGUGAGCAAUGAGGAAAGUUGUACAAAUAUGCUGUAUAUAUCGUUAUUUGAAAGCAUAAUUUAUGCUUUUUGCAGCUGUUGUUUUCAGUUGUAUAUUUUUUUAGACAUGUGCCAAAAAUAUUUUGUUAUAUUUUGAUAACAGUAGUGGUUUUACUGUAGAAACUGUCAUUGUUUAGUGGAUUGAACAAAGUAUAGCUUGGGACUGGGGAUUUUUUAUAUAGGAAUGUUUUUGCAGGAACGAGAUAGUGUGCGGAUACGCAAAUAGCUUGCUGUAAUUUCAUUUUAGUGUUUAAGUCUUGAGAUACCUCUCUUAAAGACUUCGUGCAAUGAAAUCUUACCUCAUUGUGUAAAAUAUAAAUGUACCAGUAUCUGUCUGUGACAAUCAUUUCUUGGUAAACCAGAGAACUAACGCUUGUGAAUAAGUGAAAUAAUGUGCAGGAGUGUGUGAAGUAACACCCAUUAAUAACUGAAAUGGCACUCGUUUGAAGAAAACUAUUUUUUCACAGUGAAAAUAUGCUGAGUUUUUCAGACAAUUAAAACUUCAUUUCACAGAGAUAUAACACUUGUGGAUUUUGUGUCAAAGAAAAGUUGCUGUUGUGGUGAAUUACCCCUUCUUGUAUCAUAUUGGUACACCUGUCAGAUAGUAUUUCCUACUGAUGGUUACUAACUUUGAAUUUAUGGCAAAAUGACAUUUGGAUUUAUGGAAUUAAUGGUGAAAGAACAACAAAGAAAUAACACCUUUGAUCCGUAGUCUGAUAAAAUACUGGAUUCUUCAAAUUCAUGAUAAGUGCUGUAGUGAAUGUAGAACUCAGUUAGAAAGGAAAAUGUUUUCAACAUGAUGUGCUGUAGUGAAUUUUUUUUUCUCCAUUUUUAUUUGUAUUUAUAUUAUUUGUAUAUUGCUGAAGCAGGUUGCUGUAACAUGAACAACAAUGCAAGGUAUGAGAGGGUUUUGUAUGUUGACGUUUGAUCAUCACUCAUUAACAGCUUUUACCAAAGACUUUGAUUUACUGAUUGAUUGAUACAUGUAGAUUGAUUGAUUGAUUGAUAAAUCAGUUUCAUGUAGACUUUACUGUUGAUGAGCAGCUGAUUAGCAACUGCUGCCUGUUGUAUUUGUCUCUAAACAUAUAUUUGAGGCUCUUCUGCAUUUAGAGUUAGCUUUAUGAAAAAUUCCAAUGAAACUUUCAGGUUAUUUGAUUCAAAUUGCAAUGUCUGAAGGUUUUGUUUAAACAGUUUCUAAAGAAUUUUGUGCAUUUAUUAAACAUAAAAUGAUAAGAUUUCCCUGCAGAGUAGUAUAUAUUUUGGUAUGUGUAUCCAAAGUACAUUGUUGAGUCAAUAUGACUGAAUUCCAUUCACAAAAAGUAGCAUAAAAUGUUUAUUGUGUUAUAUUUUCAUUGUGUACAGCUGGUUGCUGUGUUAAUAUAUUCAGUUUUCUCUUAGGAAUGUUCAUAUAUAUUUUAGUUUCAAUACUGCUUGUUUAAGAGAAGUAUUCAGCCUAUAUUCAUCAAUUCUUAAGACUAUGAAAUGCUUAAAAAUAGUUUUUCCAUCUAUAUGUAAAUCUGGCUUGAAUUUUAACAAAACUUGACAUAGAUAUAGCAUCUAUUGCAAGGAAAAAAGCUUUGCAAAGUUUUAGCAGGACUGAUGCAUAAUUACAAAGUUAGUUACAGCAACUUAUAUUUUAUAGAUUUAAAGUCUCAAGUGGAAACUUCAGACUUUGAAUGUUGGUGAAUAUUGGGCCUGUUUGAUCGACACGGGCCCUGUUUAAUUAAUAGGGCCCUGUGAUAUAAACACGGGCCCUGUUUAAUGAACAAGUGUCCUGUUUCAGCUGUUAAAAGUUAAUGUGAUACUUCCUAUUACUGAGAUUAUUUUAAACAUUUAACUCAGUUUUUUUAUUCAUUGAUUUUAUAUAUUUCUGAAAUUACCAGCAAGAAAUUUUCACACUUAAAAGAGUUCAAACUGGAUUGAAAUCUAGGAUAAACAUUGACAGGCAGCUGUGAAAUAAAUGGGAAUACAUGUAAAAUCACAAAUCAUAUGAACAGUUAAGGUAGUUCUGCACGUUAGGAUCGGAUUUUUUUCCACAAUGUAGAAUUUGGUUAAACUCUGAUUUUUCAAAACUUCAGAAUAUACCUAGAAAAUUCAACAACUAAAAAGGAUAGGCUCUUGUGCUUGAUUUUUUGCUAGACUGAUUUGAAACAUUUGGACCACUAGCAAUUUUUUAUAAUGAGAGUCUAUGGGAAAAUAGCAACUUUCCUAACUUUUUCGCAAAUAGAAAUUUUUCUACAAUGUAGAUGUCAACACUAAUCACUUGUCUCUCACUGAUACAUGCUUUAUAUUGUGUGACUGGUCAUCUUUCAGACCAAAAUGUUGUUUUACUCACAGAUACAAAGUAUUUGAGGUUUAUAUUAGAGUCAAAGGUGUCUGUCUAUCUGUAUGUUCGCCAGGCUGUAAUGACUUUGCAGAGGCAUAUCUCGGAAACCAUUUAAUUUAUUUUCCAAUGACUACAUUUAAAUGUUCACCAUCGUGAUACUACGAGCAUCACAUGUAACCUAGGUCACUAGAUCUAAUGUCAAGGUCACAGUACUAAGUCAAAGGUCAAAUAAAGUAUCUUUGUGUCUGCUCUAUAUCUUCUAAACCCCUGGAAGAAUGGCAUUAAUUAUUAUUCUUGUCAAGGUAAUGUGUAAUGUGUGUGGCUACUAUGGUCAGUCCAAGUAUUGUAGAGUAAUGGAUAUUUCCUCUUGCAAAGAGGUAUAACUAGGGUAUUGGUCACUUCCAGUGAUAGCUCUAGUUUUAAUUGUUUUAUGUAAAACCAUGCUUUAUCUAUGUUAUGAUUAUUUUGUAUAAACACAUGUUGAAACUGAAUAACUUCAGAUCAUUCACACUAGUUUUAAAUCUUGAAAUAAACUCUUGAUUUGAGUUAAAUUACAAAAUUACAUUUUAUACAGUAAAACCAUUAAUAUUCAUUGGGAACUUAUUUUUUUGAUUUUUUUUGUGCUUAAACAAUAAAAUUUAAUCCCCUUGACAUUCAUGUAAUAUUCAGAACUUGAAAUGCAUAUAUAUGAAUAUGAAUUUAUAUUCCCAAGAAAAAGCCACUUCUAGCAAAACCACAGCAUAUCAUGUCCACAAAACUAAAUGAUUUCACAGUAUAUAAAAAUGAGAGAGUAACAGAAUAUUGGCUCUGACUUUUGUUUACUGGUCUAUCUGUAAAAACACUAUUUUUUGCUGUAUGGCGGCUGUAGAGAGUCUUCCAAUAUUUCUAGUCUGUCAGUGUUGUCACUAGAGCUAACCUGUCAUCAUUAUGCUGCAGUUUAGAUUACAUUUAUCAUAGUUACUUGUAUAAUUUGUUUUAAUUUUAGAAGUGUUAGUAGCUGUUACCAUGUCAGUGCUAAUAAGGCAUUCCUCAAUAACAUUCUGUAAAAUUGUAAAGUUUCACAAGGGGCUCAUUUUCCUAGAUUCUGUAGUUGAGUCAGUCCACAAAAUUAAAUCCAUUCAUUUUAUCUUCAAAUUUUGAAAUCCAUGAAUUCCUAGCCCCAUGAAAUAGUCAUUAUGACCGAAUCCUUAAAAUUUUGUGCCCACAAAAUGAAAUGAUUUCUACAGUUAGGUAAAUGUUUGAUUAAAGGUUUUGAAGUUAUUGGGCUUCAACAAAAGUUUGUAUAUUUAGCAUUAUCUAAUUGUGCAAUAUGUACAGUUAUUUGAACAAUUAUGAUUUAUUAUUUGUAUAUUUCAUUGUUAACCAGUUAGCAUUCUUGCAUAAUUUUGUGUUCAGAUUACUGUGAAUUGUUACGCAAUAUUAUUGUCAGGUUUUUGACUUCCAGCAACUCAAGUUUGUUAUUAGUUAUUAUGAUAACUGCAAAACUUUCAGUUUGUUUCAUGUUAAAAAAAACCGAUACUGAAUUAAGGUCAUUUCAUAAGCUACAGCAACAACGAUUUUGAUGUUCAGUUUGUAUUUCAUACAUCUCAGUGGAUUAUGGAAAUAUAAUUGUCAGUUAUAUUUUAAACAACUUUGUUUUAAACAUUGAGAUUAUUAUAAUAUAAUGUUAUGUGACUAUGAUUGAACGUGGAAAAAUUUGAAUGAUUGAGAAUUGGAAUUAUUUCAGUAAAGACAUAGAUGUACUUAAUGUUAAUUCACCAGUAUGUACCCACAAUAAGGGAAGAACUCUAUGAACCACACAGAAGUAUUAAGAUUUAUCCAACAUAAAUAUUGUGAUAUGUGUGACAUUAUGCAUUGUGCCAAUCUCCUAUACAGAGUUAUGGUUCUUCUAUUUCACUUCAGACUCAAACACCUCUGUUCGUAUCUAACCCUGAUUGUGUACAAGAAUUAUUCAUGAAUAAAAAUAAAUAUCAUAAAUACAUUGCUAGCCCGCCCACUUAGCUCAGUAGGCGUUGGUCUACGGAUCGCGGGGUCAUGAGUCCGAUCCUGGGGUGGGGCGUAUGUUCUCCAUGACUAUUUGAUAAACGACAUUGUGUCUGAAAUCAUUAGUCCUCCACCUCUUAUUCGUGUGGGGAAGUUGGCAGUUACUUGCGGAGAACAGGUUUGUACUGGUAUAGAAUCCAGGAACACUGGUUAGGUUAACUGCCCGCCAUUACAUGACUGAAAUACUGUUGAAAAAUGUUGUUAAACCCAAAGCAAACAAACAAAUAAAUACAUUGCUGAAUUAAAUACUCACAGACAUUUUGUUAAAUAAAACACUGACCUUUUUAGUGCCAAGAAAUUCACUAAUACUUGAUUGUUUUAAAUAUAUUUUCUGAACUAUUUUCUGUGCUGUCACUGGCUGAAUUACAGUUAGUCUGUCCUGGUAAUUUUUUAACAGAUGGACAGUAUAAAAUGUGUAAUGUAUACCAUUGUUUUUUAUUGCACAUAAUCAGAAUAGGCACUUACAAUCACAACAUGGUCAUUUUGUUUGUAUUUUUGUAUGACUUCAUCCACAGUUUGAAUUAUAACUGUCACAUUACUAUUUAGAAGACAUUGGCAGAUAUGAAUGUGUUGUCUGUAACAUGAACUCUGUAGUUACUAAGGUUGGCAUUGUGCAUGGUGUUUGCUGGUAGAUUUGUUUUAAAAACCAUACAAAUUUGAUGUGUCAGAUUAAAGAUUGAGCAUUUCAGAGACCCUUGGAUGAGAAAUAUGUAUAUAUUGAGUUUUUAUGGUAAUCAUUUUAUUAGUUCAUACCUCUUUUAAUCCUAACAGACUAUUGAUGCAUAUAUAUAUAUGUAAUAUUUAUAAUGAUUUUAGAACACACUAAUUGUUCAUGUUAUCUGAAAUUUCAAUAUUCUUCUAAAUGUGAUAACUCUCAUUAUUUGUAUACUUUAAGAGCCAGUGGAUAUACUAUUGUUAGUCAUGCUGUAUGAAAGAUUCUUGCCAAUGGCAUGUAUAUCAGGGUUAAAUAUGUGAAAAUCUGUUUACAUUAAGAGACCAUCUUCUUUUGAUAACUUAAGACUAUUUUGCGGGAACAUAUGAUGCAUUUAAAGAUAAAUUUAGAACACAGGUAGAGGUAGUGGACGUGUAUUGACAGUCAGCAACUCAGUUAUGUAUUCUCCUAGUCUCUGUGGGGCGGGGGAGGGGGGCUACAACCGUUUCUUCAUGAAACUUGGUCAGAAUGUAUUUCUUGAUGAUUCCUAGGCCAAGUUUAAAACUGGGUUUUAUGGGGUCAAAAACUAGGUCAACCGCUACAUAUACAGCCGAAGAAUACUGAAAUAAAAAAGUAAGAACAGGCUGAUUGCCUUUGAAAUAAGAAACAAGAUCCAUACAUUCUUCAUUAAGAACAUUAUGUGUAUUGUCUUUGUUGCAUGUUUAUAUAUUCAUUUUUUGCUUUAUUUUUGGAAAAAAAUUUCUUGCUAUGGUCCAAUUUUAUGUGUACAGAUACAAUACUGCCAUUAUAAAUUGUCUGUAAUAUGCAAGGCAUGACAUGAUAAUUUAUGGUCAUCUGAGUGCGAAGAAUGGUUGACUGA